GGGCCCAGGGCCGGACCUCCCGGACCCGGGACGUGCCCGGCCCUGCCACCACAGCCCAUCCCGUACGUGUCCGGCCUCUCCAUACCCCCCUGGUUCCUGGUCUCCAAGGAGCAGUUCCACGCCUACCUGCGGGCCCGGAGUCAGCCCGGUGGGCAAGAGGGUGCUGGGGGCGAGCAGGAGGAGAACGGGGCCGAGGAGAAGAAGGAGGAGGAGGAGGAGAAGGAGGAGGAGAAGGAGAAGGUCGGCAGCUGCUGGGGCGAACCUCCCGCCAAACGGGUGAAGUCAGAAGCCCUCGGUGAGGACGGGGAAGGCCGAGAGGAUGGCAGGGCAGAGGAGAAGGAGGAGGUGGUGGAGCAGAAACGGGCCCGGGGGCAGAACAAGAGCAGGCCCUGUAUGAAACCCAACCACUACGAGCAGAUCAGGCUGUGCCCCUCGGUGACACAGGGCUGUGCAGAGAAAUGCUACUUCGGCUCACGGUGCCGUUUCCUUCACGACAUCAGGGAGUACAUGGCCACCAAGCCAGCUGACCUGGGCCACAGCUGUGUGCUCUUUGAGACCUUUGGCAAGUGCAUCUAUGGUGUCACUUGCCGCUUUGCCCAGGCCCACCUUGGGGAUGGCUACCAGAACAUUGUCAACGUGGAGCUGGCCAAACAGUGGGAAGGGAAGGCCCUGGUGAGGAACAACCUCCCCAAGGACCUCCAGCACCAGCUGCGCAAGAGGAAAUUCAGCUUCAGGAAGGCUGAUGAGUACCUGAGGGCUCUGACCAAGCCCCGUGGUGAUGGUGGGAAGGGAGGCAAAGCCACGGGGUGCUCUGUGGAGAAGGAGGAGAUGUCCAACUGCACAACUCCCCGGGAGGGCCUCGGAGACAGCCCCGAAUGUCCUGUGCUACCAGAGCAGGGAGAGGAUCCCAAAGCAGACACCUUGCUGAGUCCUGGCCCCACAAGUGGUGAGGAGGCUUCCUCCAUCCAAACAGUGGGGCCAGUGACAGAUGAAGAUGUGAUAAAGCUGCGGUCAUGUGAGAAGAAGAAGCUGGAAAUCCAAGGCAAGCUGUACUUGGCUCCUCUGACCACGUGUGGAAACCUCCCCUUCAGAAGGGUCUGCAAACGCUUUGGGGCAGAUGUCACCUGUGGGGAGAUGGCUGUGUGCACAAACCUGCUCCAGGGACAGUCCUCUGAGUGGGCUCUCCUCAAACGGCACCAUACUGAGGAUAUUUUUGGGGUGCAGCUGGAGGGAGCAUUUCCAGACACCAUGACCAAAUGUGCAGAGCUCCUCAACCAGACAAUUGAAGUGGAUUUUGUGGACAUCAAUGUUGGGUGUCCCAUUGACUUGGUCUACAAGAAGGGAGGAGGUUGUGCUCUGAUGACCCGGUCCAACAAGUUCGAACAAAUCGUCCGAGGGAUGAAUUCAGUCCUGGAUAUCCCACUGACUGUGAAGAUACGGACAGGGGUGCAAGAAAAGCUCAACGUGGCUCACAAAAUCAUCCCCAAGAUCCGGGAGUGGGGAGCAGCCAUGGUCACGCUUCACGGCCGAUCCAGGGAGCAGAGGUACACGAGGGGUGCUGACUGGGACUACAUAGCAGAAUGUGCUAAAAUAGCAAGCCCCAUGCCUCUUUUUGGAAAUGGGGAUAUUUUGUCUUAUGAAGAUGCUAAUCGAGCCAUGCAGAUGGGAGUUUCAGGAGUUAUGAUUGCAAGGGGGGCACUCAUCAAACCAUGGCUUUUCACUGAGAUUAAGGAACAGAGACACUGGGAUAUCUCCUCCAGUGAGAGGUUUGAUAUCCUCAAAGACUUCAGCAACUAUGGCCUUGAGCACUGGGGCUCAGACACUCAGGGAGUGGAGAAGACCAGAAAGUUCCUGCUGGAAUGGCUCUCGUUCCUGUGCAGGUAUAUUCCAGUUGGUUUAUUAGAACACCUACCUCAGAAAAUAAACGAGCGGCCACCUUACUACAUGGGGAGAGAUUACCUGGAGACACUGAUGGCAAGCCAAAACGUGGAUGAUUGGAUUAAAAUCAGUGAGCUGCUUCUGGGACCUGUGCCUGCCAACUUCACCUUCCUGCCUAAACACAAGGCAAAUUCCUACAGAUAGGGCUGAAGAGGCCCUUUCCUACAGCAGAGUCAAGAGGAGGCAUUAGGUAUGUGCCUGGUGAGGAUCUCAAGUGUGCUCCAAACUGAAAUAAAGUUUUAUGUUUUUAGAAAUGUGGUUGCCUUUACACCCCCAGCAUUGGUCCCUGUCACAAGUUCUGCAGCAGAUGGUCUUGCACAAUCCUGCAGCCAGAGGUGCCUUGCUAACCAAGAGCAAUCUGUUUAAUUAACAGGAUAAAGGCCAGGAGAUAUCUUUGGCCUCCAGUUCCCAGCAGUUGUCCUGACUCCCCCACAGCACACCCUGCUCACAUAGCAAGAGGCCUCAGUUCCUACCAUGAUGUCCUUGGUGGUGCCAAAUCCUCCACACAUACAAGGAGGGGAUGAACUAACCCAGUCCCUGGGGUCCUGUAGAGCACAAACAGCCCCAGCAUCUCCUCAUCAGAUGUUGAGCAGAAUCCAGUCCUUUUUUGGGAGCACACAGCAGUGGGUACCAUCUCCUGGGUGUCAUACAGGCAGGGAAAGUGCAGCCCCCUCCGAGGGGAUCCAGAGCAGCUUGUUUCUCCCAUCAGGGAACUAAAAGUCCUGACAGCAUUACUUGUCACAGCACACAUCACCAAGUGACAAUGCAUGUUCUUCCAUCGUGUUCUUCAGUUCCUUUUAUUCCAAUCUGUCACUCCAGAAAAAAAAAAAAAGAAAGGCAACAGUUGCAAAAGCAUUUGCUGUGUGGCACUCACAGCACAGCUGAAUCAACUUGUUUUU